CAACUUUAUUUUUUUAACUGCAACAGACAUUUUAAGUCCUUUUAAUACUUGCAGCCUCAGUAUUUUUAACUUUUUAGUAAUUUUUAGUAUUACUUUUUCACAUCACGACAUCAGACAACAGUGUUUGGGACUGCCCUCCAGACGUACACACAUACAAUUAAUUCACUACUUUUUUGCUUCAAAAUUUUAUAAAACAAUGGUAGUCUUGCAACUCCGAUUUUUAUUAGUUCCAUUCCUCACAAGCAUCAUGGGAGCAGCACAAUAUAUGAUGCAAGACGCAGCACUGAUGAACUACAUUGACCGGCGUUUCCUAUCUUUAGAGAAGAGGCUGGAAAAAUGCAACCAAGACAUACUGGAUUAUGUGGAAGAAUUCCGAGACUUUUCAAAGAUGGUACUGUCACGCCUGGCAGGACUGAACAAUUAUAAAGCUGAGGUUAAAAGUGAAGUAGAGAAUUUGCUAACAAGAAUUGAACGAGCACAAAGGGACAUUGACUAUUUUGGAUCUGUCACAGAUUCUAAUACAUGUAUAGAAGUACAUGAAGACCUGAUGAAACAGCAGCUAUUUGAAGAAGCAGAAGAGAAAAAGAAACUUAAACUCAUGCUUAAUGCAAGUUGUGACCACAUGCUUGCAGGUAUUAAGUCCCUAAAGAUAGUUAAGAAGACUGGAGAUAAGCAUGGCUCUUGGAUGAAAGAUCCCGGCAAAAAGCAUACAAAGAUUUAUUUAUUAAAUGGUUCUGUAAAUAAUGUUAUUUUGGAAUUUGCAAAUAUCAUGACAUUCAUGGAAAGCAAUCAUACACUAAAAGCUCGCAGAGUUACCUUGCCAUUUCCUUGGGAAGGAACUGGCCACAUCAUAUAUCAAGGUUUCAUGUUCUAUCAUAGAUAUGGCUCCCUAAAUGAGAUAAUUAAAUUCAAUAUCCAGAAAAGAAAUAUAACUGACCAAAUGCUACUGCCAGGGGCUGGAAGGAUUCCUGCCUAUCAGCUUUCUCCGUCUACAAAAAUAGAUCUUGCCAUUGAUGAGCAAGGACUCUGGGCAAUUCAUGCAGAACCAGAGACUGGAGGAAAUAUUGUAAUUACUAAAAUCAACCACAUAACCAUGGCAGUAGAGCACACGUGGGACACAUCAUGCAAUAGCAAGGAUGCUGAAGCAGCUUUCAUGGCAUGCAACACACUCUAUGUUGUCUACAACUUUCCUAGUGGAGGCACCUCUCGCAUACAAUGUGUUUAUGACGUUUUCGGUGCUGUAAAUGCUUAUGAAAUCCCAGUAUUGCAUUUUCCAAAACGACAGGGUAGCCAUUCCACUAUACAUUACAAUCCUAAAGACAAGCAACUCUUUGCUUGGGGUGAUGGAUCCCAGAUCAUUUACAAGCUUCACACAAAGCAAAAAGUUUAGAAUCUUUAGCAACUUUUCAAAUACACUUAAAAGCUAGCAGUCCCAUG